GCUUAGAUCAGGGACCCCAGAAAACCCCAUUUUACACCAACAUUUUUCAAGUGAAUUCCGUCGGUGAGAAUUGAGAAAUUUCCAACUUUUGAGCCAUUUCAAUCAAAGAUCUGGGUGCGCAAAACCACAGAUCUUUGGUGUUUUCAUUCAACUAAGGUUUGUGGGUUUUUCAUUGUAAUUGAUGGGGUGGAAAUAUAAAGCUGGAUUGGUUCUAAUUGCUACUGUUGUCAUCAUAUGGGUCUCCUCUGCCGAAGUCACCCAGGGAAUUUUCACGGAUUAUAAACAACCAUUUGCAGUGACAUAUCUUGGAGCUUCAUUAAUGGUAAUUUAUCUUCCGAUUGCAUUCAUCAAGGACUUGAUAUAUAUGUUAAUCCGAAAACGAUCUGCUAGAAAUGGUACAAAAGCUCAAUCCCCAGGUGCACGGAACUCGCCUCUUAUGUAUAUUGGUGGCUCGGCAAUGUUCGAAAUGGAAGUUGAAGGGUCAUUAAAUCGAAAAGACAGUGAUCAUGACAUUUCUAAUCAAGAAGAAGGAAACCUGUUAAUCCCUAAAAGCAAAAGUGAUAAUUUGCCAUUGAAACAAGAAAACAUGCUUACAACAAGGGAGGUUGCUACGUAUGGAUUCUGUAUUGCACCUAUCUGGUUUGUCACGGAGUAUUUAUCAAAUGCUGCACUUGCACGUACGAGUGUUGCUAGUACGACAGUACUGUCUUCAACUUCAGGCCUAUUCACUCUAUUCAUUGGUGCGGCUUUGGGCCAAGAUUCAUUAAACGUGACGAAGAUAGUUUCUGUCUUUGUCAGCAUGGCUGGUGUUGCUAUGACCACUAUGGGAAAAACUUGGGCUGCAGAUGAAGCAGCUUCAAGUUCUUCUUCAAAUGGUGGUCGCUCUCUCAUUGGCGAUCUGUUCGGGCUUUGCUCUGCUAUGUCGUACGGGCUCUUUACUGUGCUUCUUAAAAAGUUUUCCGGGGAGGAAGGAGAACGCGUCGAUGUGCAAAAAUUGUUCGGAUAUAUUGGUUUAUUUACGCUUGUAGCUCUAUGGUGGCUCGUUUGGCCACUAACGGCGUUAGGAAUUGAACCCAAGUUCAAGAUUCCUCACUCGGCCAAGAUGGACGAAGUAGUUAUUGCCAACGGACUUAUUGGGAGUGUUCUUUCCGACUAUUUUUGGGCGUUAUGUGUUGUAUGGACAACUCCAUUGGUGGCCACCUUGGGCAUGUCACUCACUAUCCCGCUUGCCAUGGUGGCUGAUAUGAUGAUCCAUGGCCGCCAUUAUUCCGCCAUUUACAUUCUUGGUUCCCUUCAGGUAUUUGCUGGUUUCGUGAUUGCUAAUCUUCCGGAUAAAUUCUCAAAGAAAAUAGGGUUAUAGCAGGCAGCAGUGUGCUUUGGUUGCCAUCAUCACUAACCCUUGCCUUCUAAAGGUUCUUCUUCCUUUGAAGUCUUGAUUCCUUGUUGAGCUUCAACAUUCCAAGCCUGCUCAUGAAACAAUCUUGCAUUUGAUUGCUUGAAAAAUGAAGUUCUUGGUUCAAAAUUGUGAUAUACACAUACUUUUUUUGUCUUUGAUUCAAGUUUUGUUUUCAAAUUUGUGGGUAUUUGUUAGGGCAUGUAUUGCAAGAUUGGUAGAUGAUUUGUAGCAACUUUCUAAACAUGUUAAUAUAUUAAAUGUCUUGAUUUCUUUUCCUU